AUUUUUACAUUCAAGGGUAGAUUCGUAAUGUUGCUUUUGCACAAAGUCUACAAGUCGAUUUCUCGCGUCUUCAAACCAAACCCCCAGAACCUAAAACCCUAACGCUCGCAAUACGCCUUCGCUCUCUGUACUCCGCGCGAAAAUGGCCGACGAUUCCAGCUCGGUGAAGAAGGUGAAGAAUCUUCUCUUUUCCGGUACGGCGAAUUCCGUCGAGACUGUGAAAUCCUUUUUCAAUUCUCAGGUUUAUGACGAAGAAAAGUGGGCCUUGAACAUGAAAUUGCUUCGUGCCGCUGGGAUGUUUGCAGGAUCCAUUCUUCUCAUGCGGAAUUACGGAGAUCUGAUGACAAUAUGAGAGUUUGCGAGAGGGCAGCAAUUCUUAGCGCAUUACGUUUCUCUACUUCUUAGUUUGUUACAGCUUUAUUCAAUUUCGAAAUAGGAAGUUUCGAUUUUUUGUCCUCUUGGUCAAACUGAUGAGAAUGUGUUCUCUUUUCCCUUUGUAGUAGACCAAUCUUUUAAAUGCACUCUUUUUCACCUAAAACAGACUACAAAAUGAAAAAAAAUGAAAUCCAAAACACUUGAUUAGACCUUGAAA